GCCUUUUGGACGCUGGAAAGCAGCAUGUUGACAGCCCCGUCGUUGGUGCUCCUCCUCGCGGGCGCGGCGGCCGCGACCAACUCGACCUUUGUCUUCAAGGUGGACAUGACCGUGCAGGGCGUCCGCGCCAGCCGCAACCAAGACAACGUGCUCAUCCCGUGCCAGAGCAACGUCUGCGUGCCGUCGGGCGGCGCGAGCUUCGAGUUUUGCCGAACAGCGUGCAACUCGGAGGCGGGCCAGGCCGACUGCGCGUCCAAGUGCACGUGCAACGGCACAAAGCCCGGCUUCAUGUGCGCCGGCGUCUGCAACGCGGCCAAGACGGCCGACGAGUGCGGAUCGCCCGUCUUUCAAAAAUGCAUUGGCCAAGACCUCGUGUGCGACCGGACACCGCCGUCGCCAGCGCCGAGUCCGUCGUCGACGCCAGCGCCCAGCUCGUCGCCCAACCCAACGCCGAGCCCAUCUUCCAACCCGACACCUAGUCCGACACCGUCGCCCAGUUCAUCGCCUUACCCGACGCCAAGCCCGACCUCCAACCCGACGCCAAGCCCUUCGUCUAGCCCUUCACCGAGUCCUUCGCCGAGUCCAUCUUCGUCGCCUAGUCCGGCGCCGACGCAGCGCGUGCGCUUUGUCAAGCUCCAGAGCCCGGGCGAGGCCCACUUGAUCGAGUACUACACGGGCCUGUACUUUGGCGCUGGUCAAAACAACGCGAAUGACGCGUUCGACUGGGACCCGUCGGUCGGGUCGAUUCGCUCGGUGAGCGGCAACGCGUGCCUCGACGCGUUUCUUGCGGAUGACAAGAAGUUCUACCUGCACACGUACCCGUGCGACGCGGCCAACCCGAACCAGUGGUGGAUCUACGACGAUGGCGCGCGCCAAGUGCGCCACAAGACCCACAGCAACAUGUGCCUCGACGCCGACCCGUCCGACGCCGACAAGAAGGUGCAAAUGUACACUUGCGCCCAAGGCAACGCGCACCAGUACUUUGAGAUGCGCCCGAUCUUGUCGCGUGGACAGUAAUGCAUAACCUUUUUUUCUAUUUCGUACA